AGUUUUUAUCUGAUAGUUAAACGAGAAACUCCUCCUACAAUUUUCUAUCAAAGAUGACAACUUUAGCGUAUAAGCUAAAACGAACCCUUUUCACUCCUAAUCAGGAAACUCUAAAAUCCUUAUUAUAUGUCACUAAAUCAGGAAAAAGAUCGAAAGAAUAUCAAGGAAGCUAUUUAUGUCUAACGAGCUCAAAUACUAGACAUGUUCAGACAAUGAUUCAUUUAGUCAAGAAAAAUGUUCAUAAUGAUAGUUACAAGAUAAAAUAUUCCUGGCCACUACAGGAACUAAAAGCAGUUGAUUGUCAUUCUGAUGAAGAUGCAAGCGUUUCUCUUGAAUUGGAUUUAUUCUUCGAAAAACCUUAUAAAUGGACAGUAGGAAAAAUUUCAGAAAAAAAUCAAUUUCUAAGAAGUUUGAUAGCGUGUUACGGUAACCCAGAUGGAAUAUUUAGAAAUUUACCAGGAAUGCUACUGCAACAAAGUGCCUAUGAAGAAACAAAAAAUACAGAGGAAGCAGAAGAUAGAAAAAUUAUUUUGGAAGAUACUGAUGCUGAUUAUAAAUUACUUUCUGACAAAGAAAAGGAUUCUCUAAGUCUUUUAUUAUCAGAUUGUGAAAAUUCAAUGUCAGAUGCAGAAGCUUUCGUUGAUAAAUUGAAAGAUGAUUUAUCGGAAUUAGAGAGAGAAAAUAUGACUUCAAUAAUGAGUUCUGAAGAUGUUGUUGCUAAUUUGAUGUUCAGUUUAGAUGCCUCGAUACGUCAAGCCAGCGAAGUUGAAGAUCUGCUUGAUAAAUACGAUUCAAAAUUGCAAACAGUUAGAGAAUUAGUAGAUUUAAUGCAGGACAAGCAGAGAUUGCUGACUAUUAGAUCAACAAAUCAUGCUAAACUAUUAGAAGUUUUAGAUUCUGUUAUAAAUUUACUGGACUUUCCACAAGAUCAGAUAGAUGUCCUUGAACAAGUUAAAUUGUCAGAAAUUCCAAGCGUUACAAAAGCAGCUCUACGAUUGAGAAGAUGUCUAACGGCCGAUUUGCCAGAACAUAUAGAAGAAAUGGAAGCUGUUGCCAACAGAUUAAACAAACUGAAAAGAAUUCAAUCUACCUUCUGCCAAAAUCUUAUGAGAGCUUUAAAUAAUACAAUUACAUAUGAGCAAAAUAGAUUAGGUGAUAGUUUAAAAAGCGGUAAAUUUGACCUAAAAUUACCAGGACAUACUGAAAUGCAUAGAAUUCUUUUACAAUUUUCUCAAUUAAUGUCUUUCUUAAAAGACGUUAAUAAGAGUGCAUUUGAUGAAAUGUAUAAUAGCUACAAGAAACACAUAAGAGACGUUUAUAAUAAAGAAUUCGAAUGUAUAUUUGAAGUUGCCAAACUAUCAAUUGGAAUGAAAAAUGAUAAAAGAGGAUUAAGUCAACAUAGUUCCGGUGCAACAGGAACUUUAGAAAGAACUAUUCACGAAGAAGCUGCUAAAUUCGAUCAGACUUUCGAUCAAGUUUUGAAUGUUCUACAAGCGAAUUGUUUUCGUGAGCAAGAAUUUUGCAUUGAAUUUUUUGAUUUAUGCAAAGGAGUAGAGGGUGAUGUUUCUAGUGGUAGCACUAGAUCACCUGCUGAAUCUUCUCCUAUACAUAAACCAUCAGCCAAGCUCAAACAAGUUAAUGAAGAAGUUCGUAAUGUCAUGCUCGACAUUUUCCCAAAGCUAGAAGAACAUUUAAAGGAGUUUAUCGAGUUUGCAGAUAAACAGGACACUUUGAAUUCUUUAUACAUGCUAGUCAGAAUGAGUAAUCAUAUCCAAAAAAUGGAAAAUACUGGCUCCUUCUUAGGGCAAUUAUUUGCAACAGCUUUGGUGCUCAUAAAAAGAAGUUUUUCUUCGUUAAUAGAAAAUAUGAAGUUGCAAUAUCGGGAACAAAGAGUUUCAAAAUCUAAACGAAUCGGAAUUAUCUGGUUCGUUAAGGACUUCAAAACGUUUAGCUUACAAGCUGAAACAAUUUUCAAAAAAUCAAAUAGAAGAAACGAUUUAGAUAAAGCUUACAAAGAUUUAGUAACAGCUAUAUUUGAGCAUAUUGAAAGAAUAGCAAGAGAAAGUACGAAAUCCCCAAAAGAUGUAGUAAUGAUGGAAAAUUUUCACUGGAUGCACGAUAUAUUAUCAAGUUUAAAAGUAUCGUUGCUAGACACUGAAAAGAAAUUAGCAAAAGUAAAAUAUCAAGAAAGUUUACAUUUCUACAUUAGUAUGCUUUUGGGUAGGCCUAUGGAAAAAUUAAGUACGUUUUUUGAAAAAAUAAAAGCAUCAGUUGAUGGUGGAAUGAGAGAGGAAGAAGUAGGAUAUCAGCUGGCGUAUGGUAAAACUGAGUUAAGGAGAUUAAUUCAACUUUAUCCUGGAAAAGAAGUAAAAAAAGGAUUACAGAAUUUAUAUAUGAAAGUUGAAAAACAGUUAUGCGAGGAAGCAGGAUUAUUACAAGUUGUUUGGAGAGGAAUGCAAGAAGAUUUUAUUAAACAAUAUAACGAUAUUGAGAAACUGAUUGCUAAAUGUUAUCCAGAUGGGAAGAAAUUAGAUUCUUAUAUUAAUAAUUACGAACUUGUUUCAUAUCCUAUUUUUUCUUAUCAACAAUCAGAAAUAUAUUGGGAUUUUAAUGCCUUUGGAAGAAGUGAAGAAAAUAUCCUUACAAAAGAUUUUAAGUUGUCAAUCUUUAAGAAGGAUGUUCAAGAUAUAAAUAUUGACAACUUUUAUUCUGGUUUCGUUGUCAGCGAUAAUAAAUCAUCGGUUAUCGGUCAUAAAACUGGAAGUACGUUUGAAGGAGAAAUUAAUGCAUUUAAUAGUCGUUAUCAAAUUGAAAGAGCUACAAAAUACUUGAAUUUCUCACAUUCGAAUAAGUUUGCAAUUAUCUAUGAUGAAUUGGAUGUUAAUGUUAAUCCAUUUAACAAGAGGAGAAAUGGUAAGUCUGCAACGUGUGCAAUUGAAAAUCCAGAUUUUCUGGAAGAAGAAUUCAAAAACUAUCUAAAAAAUAUUUCCGAGUUAACUCGUAGUAGAAGUAAAAGGCUAUCGGAUAAUAGAAAAAGAGUUUGUGUUAUGCAAAUAACAACGGAUAUUACAUUAUGGGAAUAUUUUACAAAUAAAUCUAAUAAUUUUGAAGCAACAGCAUACAUAGUUGAUUAUGUUAAAAGAAUCGUAUCGAAAGCUUCUCAAAUUUUCAAAGCAACUGCAUUUGAAGGGGUUGGCGAAUCCUUUAAUGGAAUAGAAUUACUUCUUGGAAAGUUAGAAAUUAUUAGCGAUUGUGAAAAGAGUUUAGAUUCCUUAAAAAAUGAACUAUGUCAAAAGAAUUUAGGUGCUGCUUCUGUUCUGCAAAUCUUGAAGGAAAAUAGAAAGAAUGGACAAGAUUUUUGUAUAAAUUUAUUAUUUAGUCAUAGAGAUUUUCAAGAAGGAACGUUAGGUUUAGCCUUCGUAGGAUCACCAGAAAAUAGAUUCUCUGGUCCUUGCGCCCUUAGCUAUAAAAGCAAAAAUUCGAAUGUCGGAAUUAUAACAAAUAAAAAUUAUGGCCAAACUGUAAAUAUUGUAAUGAUGAAUAUUGUUUUGGCACAUGAGAUUGGACAUAUAUUUGGGUCUCCGCAUGACAAUGACAACUCAUCAGUAUACUUCAAUAAGAAGUGUAUAAAAGAUGAUCCAGAUGGACUAUAUAUAAUGUAUUCUUCUGCUAGAACAGGAAUAAAACCCAACAAUGAAAUUUUUAGUUUAUAUGUUGGGGAGGCAUACUGCGGAAAUUACGUUAUUGAAACAACAGACUCGAUAAAUGAGACUUGCGACUGUGGAUGGCAAAAGAAGGAUUGCAAUUGCUGCUACUCAAGUGAUGAUGAAAGAGGAUGUACGUUAAAGCCUUAUUAUGUCGCCUCGGGGAAAAAAAGGAAAGUUCAAUGCGACAUUUCACAAGGACCAUGUUGCGAUAAGCAAUGUCAAUUAACUGGCUUUAAGUGCAGAGAAGAGAGCGAUUGCGCGUUUUCCUCAUAUUGCAACAAAAGUGGUGAAUCAAGUUAUUUUGGGGCACAAUGUCCAGCACCUCUUCCAAAAGCCGAUGAAAUCUUGUGCAGAGAUAGAACUCAUUUUUGCUCAAUGGGGGCCCAAUUAAGUGAGAUUAGGGUAGCAGCAAAAUUUAAAAUGCUAAAAAGAAAUUUAGGUCAAAAAAAUCAAAAAAAGAUAAAAUACGAUCAAGUUCAUUUAGAAAAAGUUAUGAAUCACGACUGGAGCGAGAGGAAAAUGAAAAAGAGAAUAAAACUAAGCCACCGAAGAGUAAAUAACAGAAGUGUUUGUAAAGUUAUAAAUUAUAAACCAGCUCGUUUUAUCGAAAACUAUGAAAACGAAAAGAAGAGUGAAAAAGCUCAUAUAUUUGUUAUUGUAUUUCCUGGACAAAGUUUUAAUUGUUACCAGGAUUGCUGA